GCGCUUGAUUCACUCAGUUAUAAUUCAAGCUCACGUGGAGGCAGAGAAUCAUCAGUAAUGCAUCGAAUAUCUACAAUUAAUUUAACUUACCCGAUAACAUAAAAUCCUCUUAGCAACAAGUCUAAUGAUGUUUUGAUCAUACUUGAAAAUCUUUACUCAAUUUUAGUAUUUUGGUGCUGUUUGAGGCUGCAGCUAUUGUAUCGCUACCCUCAAAAUUCUGCUGCCUUAAGGAUCCUCUCAUACUAGUAGUUCCCAUCUUCAACCUCCUCAAUAUGAACAACGGAAGCCUAUCUUUGUGAUAUACCGAGAAACCCCCUGAAACGAAAAAUAAUGACAACGACGCACCACGUUGGCCAACGCAUCUCAUACGAUGGCGCUCUCUGCACGGUGAGAUUCGUUGGCGAAGUCUCAGGCACAACAGGCACAUGGCUCGGCGUAGAAUGGGACGACUCAGCCCGUGGUAAACACGACGGAUGUCACAAAGGCAUUCGUUACUUUACCUGCAAAUCUAAAUUCCCCACUGCUGCCUCAUUUGUGCGCCCUUCACGGCCAGCUGACGCGCCGCGUCACUUUCUAGCAGCCGUCAACCACAAAUAUGCCUCUGAAUACACGCUUCCAGAUGGUAGAAGGGCUGCAGAAGAGAUUGUGUUUUUCGGGAAGCGUGCUGAGGAGGUGGGGUUUGAGAAGAUUCGCCGUAAGCAAGCCAAUAUCGGUGAGCUCACUGUGGUAAUUCUCGAGGAUCUCCAGGUUUCCAGUGCGAGAGCAGACGAUGAGAGCGAGGGUAUCAUUGCAAAGACGUGUCCCAAGAUUACGCAGUUGGAUCUCAGUCGCAAUUUGUUUGAGCGGCUUGACCCCGUGUUUGAAAUUUGUCGUGAGCUACCAAAUCUCCAGCACCUGACCCUCAAUGGGAAUCGAUUUCAAAAUGUUUUAGGCGAUCAAGCAAACGAUGCUGUAAACAACGUCAAAGAGCUGUCGCUCGAGGAAACCUUGCUGAGCUGGGAGGAAGUCUGCCACAUUGCAACAAAGUCUCCAUCUUUGGCUGCUCUUGAUGCUGGAUCAAACCAAUUUCAGUCUCUCCCUGCAUUAGACUAUGGCAAUCUUUCGUCCACUUUGACAUCAAUCAACCUCGAAAUCAACGAAUUCACUACGUUUGUGGACAUCAGCACCCUUGCAACACUCAGAUCACUGCGCAACAUUCACCUCAAGGGGAACAACAUUUCGACAAUUGCCCCUGAAGGUAUAGAAGGGCCGAUAUUCUCAGAUACUGUCCAAUACCUCGACAUCUCCUAUAACAACAUUCAAUCCUGGGAAUUUGUGAACCAGCUUCCCAAACAUUUCCCUGGUCUAGUUGGUUUACGAAUUGGCCACAACCCCUUCUAUGAUGCUGCAGACGCUGAUGCUAAAGCAUCCUCUUCGGAGGAGUCGCACAUGUUUACCGUCGCCCGUCUCGGCUCACUGAAGUCCCUCAAUUUCAGCCAGAUCACACCGGCCGAUAGAAGUAACGCCGAGAUGUUCUAUCUUUCGCGGAUUGCAAAACAGCUCGCGGCUGCACCAGAGGACGCCGAACAAGAAGUCCUGGCAAAUCACCCUCGCUAUGCCGACCUUUGCAAAAUCUACGGCGAGCCAAAUAUUGUUCGUAGGUUGGAGGUAAACCCUGCUUUCCUGGAGGCACGUCUAGUUACUGUUGGUUUUCAUCUUCAAGAUGGCGAGGAAAGAGUGAAAAAGAUCCCCAAAUCGUACGAUAUCUAUGCCGUCAAAGGCAUUGCUGGAAAACUGUUUGGCUUGUCGCCCCUCAAACUGGGGCUUAUCUGGGAAACAGGAGAAUGGGAUCCUGUAGCUGGCUUUGACGAUCAAGAGGGCGAUAGCAGCGACGAGGAGGAUGCCGAAGAGGAGAGGGAACGCAAAGGGAUUGACACACAUGCUGCUGAGGAGGAUACCGCAGGAAAACCUGGACGAUGGGUCAAAAGAGAAGUGGAACUCAAAGAUGGACCUAGACAACUGGGUUACUGCGUAGAUGGUGUGGAUGUCAAGAUUCGUGUGGAGGCUCGAUAAGUGUGCUUCAAGGGGCAAGAAAACCUCUGAUAUCAAAUCAUGGUGUCAAAAAUGACUAGUAUAAAGGAUCACUAAGUUAUACUAAACUUAUCUAGGUCUUUUUGUCACUUAGGAUAUAGGUCCAAAGUUUCGUUGCCUCCCCUGGGUGUGACAAAGCCUUCUUAGUUUGCAUCUGAGUCUUUGUCCUCACCUGUGUCACAGCAAACGGAGGUCCAUGAGACAACAGGCAGCUGACAAACUGUACGCGUAAAUUACAUAAAGAGAGCUCCUCAGGACCUGGU